AUGCUUUGUCAUUUAGGUCGUGGUCACUUUUUUAAUACACCGAAUUUACGGCCUUACCAAUCUCUCUUGCUCUCUUACUAUAGGAAAAUGGAAAAACGGACCCAACCCAAAUGGUUCACUCCAGUUCAAAAUGCUCAGGACGGACAGUUACCUAAUCUAUACCUUUAUAACAGCUUAACGUCACGAAAGGACCUGUUUAUCCCGCAAGAUGGAAGGCAUGUUAAGUGGUACACCUGCGGUCCCACCGUGUAUGAUGUAUCACACCUGGGCCAUGCAAGGACCUACGUUGCGUUUGACGUUAUUCGUCGUGUGUUGGUUGAUUAUUUUAAUUUUAAGGUCACUUACGUCUUAAAUAUUACUGAUAUCGAUGACAAGAUUAUUAAGCGUGCUCGACAAAAUCACUUGAUCAGUGAUUAUCAGCUCAAAGAUCCCGAUCUAGCCACAGUUGUCGGUGAUAUUGCCAAAGGAAUUCAGAAAAUUAAGUCCAAAAUUCAGUUUGAGACGGAUUUGGAUAAAAAGCAUACCUAA